GCUGUGACGAACGGGGAAGAGAAGAAAACCGAGAGAGAUGUGGUUGCUGGCGUUCAUUCUACCUAUCAUCAGGCUGUAUUUAGUUGGCAUAAAAGUUCUUCUGUACCAGCUGUUCAACAAGUCUUUCCCCUUACCAGGUACUCAGUAAUGAGUGAAGGUUCGUAAAGGAAUCUGUGUUCCUUAGAAGCAAUGGAGAAUAAGGGUGCCGAGGGCUCCCCGUCAGACCUCAAUCUGGUUGCUCACCCUAGAGCAAAAAGUAAGGUCUGGAAAUACUUUGGUUUUGACACUGAUGCAGAUGGAUGCAUACUGCACUGGAAGAAAAUAUACUGUCGGAUAUGCAUGGCCCAAAUUGCGUAUUCAGGGAACACCUCCAACCUGUCUUACCACUUGGAGAAAAAUCACCCGGACGAAUUCUGUGAGUUUGUGAAGAGCAAUACAGAGCAGAUGAGGGAGGCGUUUGCCACCGCUUUCUCCAAACUCAAACCAGAGUCCUCCCAUUGGCUGGCCCAGGAGUCAUUAACCGUGAAGCAGAGCUCUGAGUACGAGAACAGGAAGCACACGGACCUGACCUCUGCUGUCAUCAGUUUUGUUUGUGAGGGCAUGUACCCGUUGUCCAUUGUGGAUGAGCCCAGUUUUAAAAUCCUUUUGAAAACUGCUGAUCCCAGGUACAUACCUCCCAGUAGGAGCUACUUAUCAGCUAAGGUCCUUCCUCAGAAGUACUACCUUGUCCGGGAGGCUGUUUUCAAGGAGCUUGCCGAUGUAGUUUGGUGUGGCAUUUCCACUGACCUGUGGAGGAGUCAUACACAGAACAGGACAUACAUCUCCCUUUCCAGCCACUUUCUGACCCAUGGAGCCUCAAACACGCUGUCCAUUACUGUAAGGUGUUUGAAAACUUUUGAAGUACCAGAAGACAACACUGCUGAAAGCAUCACUCGUGCACUGUAUGAGGCCUUUGUUGAAUGGGGGAUCAACCCUAAAAUCUAUGGAGCCACCACCAACUGUGCCCCAGAUAUAGUGAAAGCCUGCUCACUUCUGGACCUUUCCGUACAGAUGCCUUGCCUUGGCCACACUGUCAGUCAAGGGAUGAACCAGGCCUUUGAGCUUCCAAGACUCAGCAGCUUUUUGGGCCACUGCCGCAAGCUGGUGGAGUAUUUCCAGCAGUCUGUGGUGGCUAUGUACCUCCUUCGGGAAAAGCAGAAACAACAAGGCCAGACCCAGUGCAUGCUUAUCAGUGACAGAGUCACAUGCUGGGUCAGCACCCUGGCAAUGCUGCAACGUUUGAAAGAACAGCAGUUUGUCAUUGCAUCGGUCCUGGCAGAAGACAGCAACAACCACCACUUAAUACUGGAGGCCACGGAGUGGAGCAUGGUGGACAGCCUGAUUGAACUCCUACAGCCUUUCAGGCUGGUGGCGGACAUGAUGGUGUCAUGCAGAUACCCCACGAUCAGCAUGGUGAAGCCUGUGCUGCACAUGCUGCUCAACACCACUCUCAAGGUCAAAGACACUGAUCUCAAGGAGGUGAGCAUGGCCAAGGAGGUGAUUGCCAAGGUGCUGUCCUCCACUUAUCAGCAGACUCCCGAGAUUGACAUGUUCCUGAACGUGGCCACAUUCAUCGACCCCCGCUACAAGAAACUUCCCUUCCUCUCCCCCUUUGAGCGUUCCCAAGUAGAGUCUCGGGUCUUGGAGGAGGCCAAGACGCUCCUGGAGAGGCGCAAGGAAGAGGGCUCUGGUCCCGAGGAAUCCGCUUCCUUUUCAGACGAGCCCCCCGUCAAAAGGCAGGCUGUCAGCACCCCAUCCCCCUCCAGCAACGCCAGCAACCUGUUGGCAGUGAUUUUUUGCCAGUCGGGAGCCGAGGAGAACCAGGAGGAGCUACACGCCCAGGUCAUGGAGGAGCUGAGCAACUUCAAAUCGCAGAAGGUUCUGGGUCUCAACGAGGACCCACUUCGUUGGUGGUCUGACCGCAUGGCCUUGUUUCCCACCCUCCCAAAAGUCCUCCAGAAGUACUGGUGCAUUCCUGCCACCAGUGUCCUGCCCCACAGGCUCUUCAGCUCAUCAGGAAACGUCCUGAGAGGGAAGAGGAGCCGCCUGGCCCCCGCCCACGUGGACCAGCAGGUCUUUCUGUAUGAGAACAUGCGCAACUGCUAUGACACCGAGCCAGCGGAGGAGGAUGAGGGAGAAUGGGGCGUGGAACAGGACCAAGGGUUGGCUGUUGGUGAUUGCCUAGCUGCACAGACUAGUGCCAUGAACACCAAGGACAUCUUUAUAUGAGUCUAUAUGUAGAGUAUACACAACUCUGUGAAUUCUGUAUUAUGACUGUAUCCAGUUCAGUGUUACUGAACUCCAGGUCCUGCAGUGUCUGCUGGUAUUUUCCCUAAACGUGCACUACACCACCUAAUUUCACUAGUGAGUUUACUUCCUGAACUAAGGAGUGUAGUGCAUGUUUGGAGCAAAUGCCUGCAGACACUGUGGCCUGCAGGACCUGGAGUUGAAUAGUGCUGAUCUAGUUGCUUUAACGAAGGAUUGAUGCAUCCUUUCCUACACUGUGUUUACUCAGUUAAUUUUUGUGUAUGUGGAAUUUUAAUUUAAUGAAAUGCACUUAUUCAGUAUGGUAUUGUCAUUUGAUUUUCAGUAGGCAUGAAUAAUUCCCUUGGACCUCAUCUGUAAUGUAAGUCCAGCACAGAUACGUUUACUUGCAGUUUAUUUGUGGUGUGAAUUUUAAUGGUGAACAAUGGGAAGCCAUUGUAAAGAGUGAAAGUGUUCAGUGUCAAACAGUGUUCAGUAGCAAUUAAAAGUAACUUAAAUAUAAAAUAAAUGUUUCCAUAUAAACAAAUUAAUAUUUUUGGAUUUAUAAGAUAAACUGCCAAUGAUAUAUCUGCACUCUUUUUUUCAUUUCUGGGUGGCCUUUAAUUUAUAUUAAGUACAAAAUAAAGAAUAUUUUGUUUCAUGUACACCUUGAGAUAUUGACUAUAGGACAAUUACUUGAGCAAACCUCAUUUAUCUAAGUUAUUAUGAUUUUAAUCUGUGAGGUUGCGCAUAAUCGGGAGUUGAUUAAUGAGAAUUUAUCUUAAGUCCUUUGCUGGGAUGUUGUCUAAAGAGCUCUGUAAAAUACAGCCAUCGAUGGGGAAAUUAUGUUCUGUUGUGUUUACCCAGUUUUAAUUGUUUACUGUUAAAUUUGUUUAUAUUUAUAGAUGUGUGCUUGCUUUAGAAGACAGCGUCAAUAAAUGGUCAUUUCACUUGGUCAUUUCACUUUUGUCUUUUUAAAAAGCAGUUUCAGCUGUGAACAGGGAAACGGGCACAAACCUUUCUGCUGGAGGAAAGCCUUUGUCGGUUUAAUUUUCAGGGUGCUUUUAUGUCCCAAGGUUCUAUUUUCAUGUACAACUGGAUUGGCAACUACAGCAAUAAUAGGCAAUAAAAAAACGGUUGCUAUUACAUUGAAGACCCAUAGAGAUUAAUAAACAGCCAGUCUGUGCCAGGAUUGUUAACACAGUUAGACGUGUCAGGCUAUUUCACCGGUUUGUUCCCACUGAAUGUUCAGUGUCAACAUGAAUAAGGACAUAGACAGUAAAAUCAUUUGAAAGGUUUCAGAGGCAUUUUUCUUCUGUGAAGCAUGUGCUGUAUCCCAGAACAUGAUUUACCUGCCAACAUUUGCCAAGAAUUAUGGUCAGCCUUAUAGUAAUCUGUUCAGCAUAAAUGCACAUUUUUGUUCCAUUAGAACACAUCCUUGCUAUUUUUCACCCUCAAAUGGCAUCUUGAUGUUCGUAACCUUUAAGAAACCGUAAGAUUUUUUUAUUUAAAAGUGUGAGCAGGAAGGCAUUAGCGAAACUUUUCAAAGUGUUCUGAAUAAAAGAUACUUGGAAGUGA